UUGUUACAGCAUCAGUUGAGAGUGCCAUGUUCCGUGGUCCAAUGGAAUGUGCCCGCUAUAUCUGUCGGACAGAGGGCCCACAUGGGCUGUACAAGGGCGCAGGGCUAACUUUGUGUCGAGAUAUUCCGUGUUUUGGUGUGUAUGGUCUCACCUACAUGUUAAUAAGUGGACAGAUGAAGGAGAGGGGCUGGUGUGACUCCCGGGGCAUUGUAGCUGACCUGUUGGGAGGAGGGCUGGCAGGUGUGGCCGCAUGGCUAUCGGUUAUGCCGGUGGAUGUAGUGAAAAGUCGAUACCAGGCUGACUACCGAGGAGAGUUCAGUGGCUAUGUUAACUGUGCACUACAGAGUUACAGAGAGGAGGGACUUCGGGUGUUCUACAGAGGCAGUAUGGCCAUCUGUCUCCGUAGCUUCUCCUCGAAUGCUGUCGAGUUCAUGGUCUACGCACAACUUAUGCGUUAUUUUCAAGGCUCAGGUCAUUACUCUGAAGACUAGUUGUCUUAGAUUCACAAACAAACUUUAAACUCAUUUCAGUAACUUAUUAAACAUCCAAUUGCUAUUUUGGUAAUUUGGUAGAGAGUGUGACUUAAUUAUUGUAAUAUAUAUUCCAAUGUCGCCUUUGAUAUUGAUAUUUGAUACAAACAUCAUAACUGUUGAUUUGUUCCUUUAUAUCCUUGCCAGUUGUGCAUUAUGUAAUUAGACGUUUACACAGCUUUAUGAAACUUAAUCAAUUGUUUAAAUGCAUGCUGUAGUGUUUGUAUAAUUUACCCGUGUUCAUUUUAAGAGAGAAAUUGUGUUGUUAUAUAUAUAUAUACAUGUAAUAUACAGAUACUAGUCUCCUUUAUUUUUUCAUAUUUAUUUUGAAUUUUACAUUUGAUAUUAAUCGACAGAUUGGUCAUAUUAUGUUGAUAUUAACAUACUGUGAUAUUGAAACUUUCAGGUCUGACGAUGUACUUCCUAAAUUAUCCAUUAUAUAAAUGCUGUAAAUAAGGUCAUUAAAA